GGUUAGAACGAGGCGUGACCCAGUUGACGCGCGCUGGAAGGAGAGGGGAGUGGGAAGGAGGCAGAGAGGUGCAAACAGCCGCCGACGCUGCCACUCUCGCCACCCCAGCGGUGCCGUCGCCCAGCCGGGUCAGCGUGCUUCUCUCUCGCCCGUGAGCCUGGGGAACCUGCAGCUCAAAGCCGCCGCUAGCCACAGCACCAUGUACCCCGGGAACAAGCGGAAAAAGCUCUGGCGGGAGGAGAAAGAACGUUUGUUGAAAAUGACAUUGGAAGAGAGACGUAAAGAAUAUUUACGGGAUUAUGUACCCUUGAAAGAUAUUCCAACAUGGAAGGAAGAAAUGAAAAACAAAGCCCAAAGUGAUGAAGACAACACCAAUGAAGCUUUCUUGCUGCAGAAAAGUCUUAGUGAAAAAGUCUCCCUAUACAGAGGUGAUAUCACAGUGCUUGAGAUUGAUGCCAUAGUUAAUGCUGCUAAUUCAAGUCUUCUUGGAGGAGGUGGUGUGGAUGGAUGUAUACAUAGAGCUGCUGGUCCUUGUCUAGUUGCUGAAUGUCGCAGUCUGAGCGGCUGUGAAACCGGACAAGCCAAAAUCACUUGUGGUUAUGACCUACCAGCAAAAUAUGUCAUUCACACUGUGGGACCUAUAGCUCGAGGACAUAUUAGUGAUAUCCAUAAAGAAGAUCUGGCAAAUUGCUAUAAAACCUCCUUGAAACUGGCAAAAGAGAACCUCAUCAGAUCAAUUGCUUUCCCAUGUAUCUCAACAGGCAUUUAUGGUUUUCCAAAUGAGCCAGCUGCAGUCAUUGCACUUACCACAAUCAAGGAGUGGUUAAGCAAGAAUGAUAAUGAGAUGGACCGUGUCAUUUUUUGUGUAUUUUUGGAAGUUGACUACAAAAUUUACAAGAAGAAAAUGAACGACUUCUUCCCAACAGAGGGAGCUGAGAAGAAAAGUCACUCUCCUUCACCCGUGAAAUGCAAAGCCAAACUGUCUGAGAAUCUGGAGGAUGAUAAUGAGGGAGGUGAGAAUGGAACAGAAGUGAAGCCAAGCAGUGAUGAACCGGAGCAUCAGAGCCAAGAAACAGAUGAGGCAGUUUCUUCAAUUCCAAGCAGCCCAGCAGAUGGAGAAGAGAACCUGGGCAAGGAAAAAGAAUCCCCAGAUACAAAAGAGCCUAAUCCAGUGCCUCAUGCAACCUGUGAAGAAGAUCAAACUGAUGGACUGCAAGAUGAUUCCUCAGAAGUUGAAAUGAAUACUCAGGCAGAUUCUCAAAUCUCUGACAUGGAAGCUGAAGAUACUUUGAUAACCCAGGAGGAGACAAUAAAGGAAGAGAAACCUCAGGAUCCUGAAGUAGAUAAAACUAAUCAGGAGAGCAAAGGACAAGAUAAAGGUGCAGAAGAAGAGAAAGGAAAGCAGGUGAUGGAUUCCAUGCAGCCCGAAGGGCAAUGCGAUACAGAAAACAUUUCAAGUAUUGAUGUUGAAAUGAAUAGUCAAGUUGAAAACCUAGAAGAGCCUACACAAUCACAGACAGAAAAUUAAUCUCAGGAAGACCAAGAUGAUAGAAGAAAGCAGGAAGUGACCGAAGAUCUGCAGUCACUAGUGCAUUAUUUGAUGACAUUCUGACUAACAGACAGCAGCACACCAUGGAGUGCAAAAUAGGGAGGGGGAGGGGAGGGCAAGGCAAUUAAGGGAUUUGACUGAUUCUUUAUAUUUGUUUUCUCUUCUCCUGUUCAGUUGGUUUGGUAGAUGACAUGAAGCUUCUUUACUAUAGGUUGUAGAGUCUUGGUUUAGAUUUCUUUGCCUCAUUCCUAUCUGUUCUGCCUCUCCUUUUGAAAUCCUAAGGCCCCAUUUUUCUGAGUAUAUAUUGUUAGCUUCUAAAUACUGUCUCUCAGUUGCAAUUCCUCUUCAAGGCAAAAUAGGAAAAGGAUGUUUUAAGCAUUGUCCUUCAAGAGUCUGAGGGUUUCUUUGGAGUGUUCACAAAGCACUUACAUCUGUCAUUACUCCCAUCAAGUAAAGAUGCUGGCGGUACUAGUAUCCUUUGAUCUGUUGGUAAAGUCAACUUGGAAACUAGUUUAUACAGGGAUUUAUACAAAUGUUUAUGCACAUAAACAUUUCAGCUUGGUAGACUUUUCCUAAAGCCAGUAUAACUACAAGAAUUAAGGGUGAAUAGACAUGUUACCGUGAAUAAAGAUUUGAGGGUUACUAAUGUCAAAAUUACAACCUCUCCAUUCGGGGACUAACAAAAACAAUUCCAGUCACAUGGCUGAUACCCCAUGUAGAGAUUCUCUAUGUAAAGUAGAGGCUGAAAGGCACUUCUAAAUGGAGAUUGUCCAUAAUCAAACUAAAUAUAGAUUACAACUCCUGCACAGAGAUGCCCUUACACAAAGUGCUAUUCAGCCAUUUCCAGAUCAGAGCUAAUGACAUUUGAAUUAGCCCCCAGACUGUUUUAACUCAGACCCAGGAGAAUAACUAAAUUGUCCACAGACAGAAUGCAAAUGAGUGUUAUGGAAAAAUACAUCUCUCAAUGAAUAAGAGUCACAGUACCGAAGAAAGGAUCGUCCAUAUUCAGGAGAAUAACUUUCUUUGAUCCCCAAAAUCAGGACAUGGAUUUCUUUUUCCUGCUUGUAAGCAUCCCAAGAUGUGGAGUAUGUCUAAUGGGUUAGAUUUUUUUUUUUAUAGGACAAACAAUCUCCACAAUUAGCCAACUCCUUGCAAAUCUACUCAUGGCACGAAACCUUUUAUCUAUCCUAGUGGUAUUUCUCCACAGCUCAAUAUUGCAUUGCUUACUAAUAGGUGAACAUCUCUGGAGUAUUUGGACAUGUCUAAAGUACCUAUUAAUUCCAGUGCCCUCUGGGUAAGAGGGGUUGCAGAUACUCUGCAUCUCGCACACAGUAUAAUAUGGCUUGUGGCUUUAACAAUUUCAUGCCUACUCUUGUUACAUUUUCAACUGCAUAUGCACACUUUUUAAAUACAUAAAAUGCAAUUAACAGAUAUUGGUGAUGAAUGUUGUACCAUAUGUCAUCUGUUUUGCUAGCAAAUGCUGGGCUCAACUGAAAAACAAAAUUUUGCAUUCAUUUUUCAACUACAUUGUAAAUUAAACUGAUACCCUACUUGCAAGAUUGAAAGAACACUCAGCAUGGGACCAAGGCUUGAUAUUCUGUAAACUAGUUUCCAACUGCUGUUAAAAACAAUUACAGGAAGGUUUUUCUGUAUUAUGAGAUGCUGGUUUUGCGUAAUUAUGCAUAUGUACCAUCUUCCAAACUUUUUUAAAUAAUUCCAAAUAUAACAAAGGUGUAUGCACAUGAAAGGAUGCUGAAAUUUACCAGCCUCGGCUUACUUGUAAAUAUCUCUAACACAAAUCUCAGAUAAAUAGUAACCAUUGUUUAUGCUUACACUAGAAUACCCAACUAUAAAUUGGUUCGUGAUAUCUAAUUUGUAGAAAGAUUUUUGAAAAAUGAAAAUUGGUUUCAAAUAGAUACAUAGCUUUGUUGCCUUAUAAGCAAUAUUUAUGUAUUCAAAACCCACCGCAUUCUAAAAAUUUGAUACUUUUAACUAUUGAUUUCUCUUCUCUUUUUCAACCAUUCAUUACAUUGGUGACCUGGAAGAUUCCUUUUAGUUACCACAUAAGCACAGUAUCAUCCAGAUUAAUAUGAAUUUAUAUUUCAAUGAAAUAUAUAAAAUGUUUGGUUACACUUAUAUCAAUACCAUCUGAUAUUUUUGAUAUGCUUAUUAAGAAUGUAUAUUUAGUCCCCCAUUUAUCCAUGGAGCACAUGUGCCUCUUUUCUUCUCCAUUCCUGCUUGACCGUUCCUAUUUCCCUCUAGCUCUCCUUGCCACUGAGCUGUCAUUUCUGUUUCAGUUUACUGUGAUUCAAAGACUUAGUUAGCCAUCCAACGUGAAUUAUUGCAAUUCAACAAAAAGCAACAAAAUCAAAACAAGUGAGGCAACCUUCAUUGCAUGGCUCUCCUUGCCCAAUUGGGGUCAUGCAUGGAAAGAGAUUUUUUUUAAAAAAAUAAAUAAUUCACUACAAUAUGUGAUACAUGAUGGUGGAGUUUAAAAAGAAUUGUAGCCUGGGAUUCCUCUGCAUGCAAAUUUGGGAAAGAAAUCCUUCAUCCUUUUCUCCAAAAGAAAAAGAAAAAAUUGCAAGGCGAGACAGAAGUAUUGGGCUUGUAUAAAUUUUACAAGGUGGCCAAAAUGUCUUUUCUAGCUUGUUUUGAGCCUUUCAUACUUCAGACAUGCUUUCAGCAUCACCGAGCACUUUGAAGUGAAGAAGACUUUUCUAUCCCACUUCUGGAAUUUUAUGAGACACGGUCAUAAAAUGUUGCAUGGUCACAUAUUUGCUUCUGGGAAUGCCAAGAAAGAGGCCCCAAAUUGCUGCUAGCGUAAAUGGGGGGAACCUCUGUUGGUGGCGGAAGAAAAAAAUGGAAAAUUUUGGCCGCCUUGUAAUGUUUAUAUCUCUAUGAGCCUCCCACUCCAAUCUGGUACAAUCUAUACAGAUUUCUAAAAUAAACAUUGGAACAAAAAUUUGCCUUUAGAAUUGUGUUCCAAAAAGAGACCUAAUGGGUCCCAUAAUCCCAAUAAAUAUAUUUCGGCUUCUGAAAAUGACUUUCUUCACCGGUUCACAUCUGUGCCCAAAACACCUUGCUUUUGGGGUGUGAUAGCAAAGCAUGAAGCCAAGAUUAAACACUUCAAACAGGAAAGUGGCAGGAUUAUUCCUGCUAACUAUGCCUUCUUGGGUUGAGGGGGCUUACUUGCAUUGAAAUGAGUAAAUACCACAGACAGGUUUCAGACUGAGUUCAUGAUGUUCUCAUAGGGCCUGUGUGUAGUUAGGUAAACCAUAUGUGCAUUAAUUAAACUAUUGUUUUCUUGCAGCUUGUGUCACAUAGGAACAAGUUUAUGGAUUCUGAGUUGAAGUUGUUUGAGCAUUAGAUACUAGAGGAACCCUUAAAACAGGAGGUUGGGGGUUCAACCAUCCUUCUUCUGCUGCUAUCAUCCAUUAGACAGUAGGGUGUUGUUUUUUUCUUCCUUUUCUUUUUUCUUGCAAGUGCAGGGCCUGCUUUUCUCAGAUAAUGGAUAUUCUUAAGCAAAUGUGCCUUUGGCUAUUUGCCCAUAAAGACAAAGGAUGCACAGCAAGUUCUUGAAUUGAUCUCACUUUCUAAGUGGGCUGUACUGAGAUAGGUAGUUUCUUCCUACUGAGUUGAUCACUGGCUCUUUUUACUAAGUAUUAUCUGCACUGGGGGGCAGUAAAUCUCCAUCAUUUCAGACAGAUUAUUUCUCCCAACCCUAAAAUUUUGAGGUCUACAAGGAAUAUGCACCAAUCCUAUAGGUUUCCACCACCACCACCAAAAAACAAAUCUUGCAAAGAAUGUAUUACUAUUCUUUUGCCUGUUCUUGGAAAUGACACCAGCUGAAAGAUACUACUUAUUCCUAAAGAUUGUUAUGUGGCUUGAUAAAGCAUCAUCAUAAUUUGCCUUUUCACUCCCCAAUCUCCUUAAAGCAUUGUGGUGUUUAAGUUUUAGAAAGGAGCAAAAAUAGAAGGUAUUAAUGUAAGCAAGAAGAGAGUUAGAAAAAUAAGCACAGAAAGCAACUGAAACUUUGGCUAAAUCUGAAUGAUCUCGGAAAAAAAUGUGUGAGCAAAAUAUCCUGAUCAGUAGACAUUUUCCCAUAUUCGAUCAUAGCCAUCUUUUCUGACUGUUGCCAACAUCUUCAUUUCGGUUCUCAUUACCAGUGAUGCUUCUCUCUGAUCUAAAUGCUUUGCCUCCCUACGCUAUCACCAAGAAUGAAGUAGAGAGAGGACUCUUGGACUAGGAAGGUGAAAAAAUCCGAUGACAUUUCAACUGUCUGAUUUCCAACUCGACUGUAUAAAUUAUUAUUUUUCUCACUUAGAAAUCUAGGCUUGGAGAAGGUUGCUUUCAUACAACCAACCAGAUAGAGAAUAAUACUAUUAACUUAUUUUCUUUUGGCUAGUCCUACCCAGACACGCUUUAAUAGCAAUUAGAAUCAGUUUUGUUACCAUUUAGGGAUGCCUGGACAGUACAUUCUGAAUGUUGUGGAUUUUUAUAUUAACAACAUAAAUUUACGGACAAUUAAAGAGUACAAGCUCUCCAGCACCACCACCCUGUCCUCCACAGCCACUUUCACAAUACUUUGAGCAUUAAGAUCAAAGGUCUGUCUCCAAAGAGGGGACUUUGUAUUAUUUUGAGAAACCUGUGUUUAAUGACCUCCUUCUACAUCGAUGUUCUGCUUUAGCAAUUCUUCUGGUACCAGACUUGCCUCUUUUUCAUGAAAACAUACAGAGCAGGCAACUGAUACUAUUAGGCAAUAUAUUGUUCAAUGCAACUAAUUGUAUUUCUUCUCCCAAACGAGGCUUCCCCCUCCCUCUCUUUUAUGAAUUAACAUUGUUCAGUUUACACACUUGAUUUGAACAAAACACAUUGUCUUUAUAUGCAGCGCAUGUCUGCUUUGCUUUUAAAAUGACAAAGUUAGCCAAAUACGUUGGAUAUAUUUUCUUGGGAAAUAAGGUUUUUUGUGACAUUUGUGAUAUAAAGAAAGUCAGAAAAAAAUGUAAUUUUCUUGAUCAAAAAUACGUUUUUACUUCAAUGCAAAUAAUUGUAGUACCUUGCUUGCAAAAUAUCUUCUAAGAAAUAAUACAGACUUCUACAUAGGGUUAAUACAAGGCUCUUUUGUUAAUCUGCCAUUUAAAUGCUGGAUUUGCUGAUGAAUCUGUUUUUCUUUUUUUUCCCCUUUUGUCUGUGCCAUGCCUAACUAAAAACUCUAACAAACAAUGCCUUCAUACUAAAAUGUUUGUUAAAAGCAAAAUAAGAAUAAACCUUGAAACUGAAA